CGCGAAAUUGGAGACGACCAAGAAUCACCGUUGUCUGGUCUAUGUCACCCCAACCAAUACCGCCGAGGGAGGGAAGUAGAGCAAGCCCACUCGUAUUUCGGCCAAAUAUAGCCGAAAAUCCUUCGCUCACGUCUCUGUGGCUGGUGGAAUAGCUCCUGGGAUUAGAUAUAACUCCGGCUCAAUCAUUCCCUGGAAGCGCCUUUCGUUGAUCACGGUUAACAUUAUCACCUUACCUUCGCCAACUACUUGCGUCGUUUACGAUUUCGAGAGACUAGUGCUACAGGCGCAUACUAUUCCCCAAAACCGCCGAAAACUUGAAACAGAUUUCACGGCCCGUCAAUCACCUUCAUAAUGUAUACCAACACCAUAUUAAGCGUCUUGGCCAUGGCAGCGACCGUUGUGACAGCAAGCCCGGUCGAAGUUCGCCAGCAGACCUCAACCAUCAACCCCUUUCCGCUGACCAUCUCGCAACUUGCAUACAGCCAUGGCCAUCAGAUAGUGGCACUCACGCCGACCAGGACGACUCUGGGCGACUCAUGCAAUACCAACGUGAACGCGACGAGGACUGCAGUCGUGCAGGCGCAGAAUAGCGGCUUCUCGUCGAACCCGCUGUGCGGACACGAAUUCUCGCUUGAGGGUGUGACAGGCCUUACGUUGUUGUGCGCCGACAGUGCCGAGCACGGCGAGGCUGCGUCGCAGGUCACGGCUGUGGCCACCAACGGCGAGCAGACACACGAGUGCGUGGCGCUGCCGCUCAACGUCUACCCCUUUUCAUGUGGCGUUGGUUCUUCGAUCUGGCAGCUCUAUAGCUGCCAGUGAGGCAGUGCAAUUUAAACGGUUAGGUGCCGGUACGAGAGGUUUUCUAUGUGACUCGAAGACAUGUACACAUUAUUCGAUAUUCGUUCACUAUAAGCCGCGACUAAAAGGAAUACGGUGGCUCUGUACGGAGAAGCGAGUUGGAGGAUGCUGCUUCUAACAUAAUAAGCCCAAAAAAUAUUAGAGCGUUUCAAGCAUUCCUUGCACCCAGUCAUUCAACGGGACAUCUGACUAAGAAAUCGAUUUAUACUUCAACGGAGUUAUAGGCAGGGUGAGUGAGUUCGGAUGCCUCGGACUUCUGAGGCUUUUACCCUGGGUAUGCCAGUGAUUGAUACUGGGAUGUCGUCCUUCUUGUCUCUACAGUACCUGGGUAGUCAACGAACCCCUUCCCAGGGCCAUCUAGGCACUUGGAGCUGCUGAUUCCUCUACCAAGC